AUGGGAAUGGGAAUGCCUAUGGAUGUACAAGAGCCGAAGGAAAAGGAACUGCCAAAAGAACCGUCUUCCACCCGGAGAAACAGAAGUGGGACUGGGAAGAGUAUGAAGGAUAAAAAGAGCAUAUUUGGGGCGUUGAGCGAAUUGCUCACAAAUAAUAACAAACCUCCUGUCAUUUCCACACCGUACGAUCCUAUCCAUCUCACUCAUGUGGGCUACAAUUAUCAGACUGGACAAUACACCGGUAUGCCAUCUGAAUGGCAAGAUAUACUGGACAAAUCAGGUAUCACUCGCGCGGAACAAGAGCGUCAUCCUAAGGAGGUUCUCGCUAUCGUACGAAUGUACCAAAACAAAGCUGCUCCGGAGCCGGAUGAUGACGAGGUAUGGAGGAAGAUGGAAAAUGCCGGUCCACAACGUAUCCCCUCCAGUUCCGAAUCGGCUAGCAAGGACAUGUCGAGAGAGAACAGUCAGGAAUCAAGUGCGAAACCCCAAGUUCCUGCCCCGCAACAGGUACAACAAUUUGCCAAUCCAAGAGCGGCUCCCGUUCCACCUGCCAAAUCUUCUGGGCCUUCACGAUUACAGGUGUGUUGUUCAAUGCCGCUGUCUACUUGGCCGUACAUAGUAGAUACCGUCUUUCGGACUGCGCUGAUAAUUCAGGCCGAACGUCUCCCCCCAGCCCCUCCUGGGAAAUCUCCCGGACUUCCCCCCACCUCAUCAAUGCUCGACCGCUCACUCUCUUCCCGACUGCCCUCCACCCAGCCUCCACCAAGGAGCAAAACCCUCGAUCGGGCAAAUACCACCCGAGCGCCCGCUUCAAAGGCUUAUCCUCCGGCUGGUCUUCCCAUGUCCAAAUCUCGAUCCCAACAAGGACACCCUGCUCGACCUGGACCAGAUCAUGGACUGCCACCUGGUGGUGGAGCCGCUGCUUUGGCAAGACAACAUACACAGGCGAAACCUGCUACCGGUCAAGGUAGCGGGGCACCGAGAAGGAGAGAGAAGGCCAAAGAGAGUGAAGAGGUCAUAAGACAGUUGCAGAUGAUAUGCACCCCUGGAGAUCCGAACUUGGUUUAUCGAAAUUUGCAAAAGAUCGGACAAGGUGCCUCUGGCGGUGUAUACACCGCCCACGACAAAGCAGGUCAACCAGUAGCCAUAAAACAGAUGAACCUAGAAAAACAACCCAAACAAGAUCUCAUCAUCAACGAAAUCCUCGUCAUGCGUGAAUCUGCUCAUCCCAACAUUGUAAAUUUCAUGGAUUCUUAUUUGUGGAAAGGAGAUUUAUGGGUGGUCAUGGAGUAUAUGGAAGGAGGUAGUUUGACGGACAUCGUUACUGCUAAUUAUAUGAGUAGGGAACAAAUCGCAGCUGUCAGUAGAGAAGUUUGUGAAGGUUUAAGACAUUUGCAUUCAAAAGGUGUUAUACAUAGAGAUAUCAAGAGCGAUAAUAUCUUGUUAAGUUUACAAGGGGAUGUGAAAUUGACCGACUUUGGUUUUUGCGCCCGUAUAGCCGACCCGCUCAGUACGAAACGUACUACCAUGGUCGGUACGCCUUAUUGGAUGGCACCGGAAGUGGUCACUAGAAAAGAGUAUGGACCGAAGGUCGAUAUUUGGUCUUUGGGUAUCAUGGCCAUUGAAAUGCUCGAAGGUGAACCUCCUUACUUGAAUGAAAACCCCCUGAGGGCAUUGUAUCUCAUCGCUACCAACGGUACACCCAAGAUCAAGGGAUGGGAAACACUUCAACCGCUGUUCAAAGAUUAUCUACAGUGUUGUUUGACUGUAGAUGCGGAGAAGCGACCCACGGCUGAACAAUUGUUAAGGCACGAUUUCUACAAAAUCGCUUGUCCUUUAUCGACCAUGAGUGAGAUGAUCCGUGCUGCUCGGAAAAAGUGA